AGCGACGAGAAGAUUGUGACAUUAAUCUUAAAGUUCUUAAGGAGAGCUGGAAUGAUAGAGAGGUGCCUGUAUCAUUCCCCGUGUCAUUGAUUGGACAGUUCAUACCGCAACAUAUCCUAUAAAGCAGAAACACGAACUUUAAUCUCCUGGUUCUUCUCUUUACCAACAUAACGCGAGGACUUCCAUGAGUACCGACAAUAUUCUCGAUAGUGCCGAUCGCAUACGCAUGCAUCCCCAGCAGCAACACUCGCAACAUCAGGUACAUCACCCUCCCAGCACAUCACGUCAUCCAUUGCUAGCAUCUAUCCAGACUAGUCAUGUCCAGUCCCUCCCUUCGAGCUCUAGUGAAGUCCAGACGCAAACACAAGCUUCACAGGACGCAUCCGGGAUGCAUGCUGGCAAUAUUCCUUGCCUGAAUGUGUCGCAAGGAAGCAACGUACCACCAUUAACAUCCAUAGGAAGUCCGCUGCGACACUACCCCCCAUCGUCAUUCCAGCCAAAUAACUAUCCGGGCCAAUACACAUUAUCCCAGCAACUUCCCUCAUAUCCAACCGCGCAGCCACCAACCUAUCCACAAUACACACACGCUCAUGGAUACGGACCACACUUUCCUCUGGAAUCUGGCCCGUAUCAACACAAUCUACCAGGAUUCCGACCUAUGAUGCAAACACGCUCAUUACAUAAUGUGGGCGCGCUUUCUUAUCCGUCGAGUGGUAAUUCUGGAAUGCACUCCGCUGCAAAUAGUCCCACAACUCACUCUCCGCUACCUGUGCAUCAACCUUUUCCGGGCACCUCUGUUUCACAUAGCAUAUCACAAUACCAGCCUGUGCAUUAUCCGGGUCCAUACACUCCUUACCGUUACAACCACGCGUAUCAGCCAAGCCCAUACCAGUGGCACUACAGUUCGCCUGUCCUGCCCGGAUUUAACGAGGGAAUCCCCAUGCAUUAUCAACUUCAGUACCCAAUAAACUUCGCACCCUUGCAGGAUUCUCAUUCGCCCGAUCUGGAGGCACAAUUCUCUCAAGUAUCCAUUCAUGGCAGACCUAAUUCACCUGUGCAGUCGACUGCUCAACCGGCGACUCUGCCUGCAAGGCAUCCACAUCAGGUUACAAUAACAGCUCCUCCGUCAUCAUCAGCAUCAAAUUCUCCCGUAACAUUCACCCGCACAGAAAGCCAUGCUUCACCCCCACCAACAGUAACUUCUCCAUCUUGCCCUCAUUCCGAACGUCCCGUUGUACGUCGACCUCAUCAUCCCAACCCCCCCUCUCACAGAUCCGAAUGGGUGAUGUGGGUAGGGAAUGUUCCAAGCGGGACUACCCACGACGAACUCUGGAGGUUCCUAAAACGCCCUCUUUCCGUGGAUGAUAACUCGUUUGAGUCUGAAGACAAUGGAGUUUUGUCGAUUUUCUUAAUCUCCCGGUCAAACUGCGCAUUUGUCAACUUUGACACGGAAGAGCACUUACGCCGCGCGAUUGUGCAGUUUAAUGGGCAACAGCUCCAUCCACAUGACCGGCGGGGUCCACGACUUGUUUGUCGAGUACGUCGCAAAGAAGAUGAUCUGCGUGCUGGGGUAGGUGGACAACGGGGAGUGGGAAUGCACACUCGCUAUGUCCGUGAGCAAUCUCAGCAGGGACAAAUAGAUAAGCAGGUUGCUCCAAGUGAAGAUGAUCAGUCAUCUUCUCCUGGUCGCCGUUCGAGUUUAUCGAAUGAAUCAGAGCAUCCGCUGGCUGUGGCUGCGUCAUUACAGUCGAGUGACGAGGAGGCUGCCAGAGCCCACCAAUGUUCGCAACAUGGAGAUAGUGUCAAGACUCAAUCAAGUAGCUCCUAUGCGUCGACAAACUCCAGUUUUUUGUCCCGGCAUUUUCCAAAACGCUUUUUCAUUCUCAAGUCUUUGACGCAGUUCGACCUAGACUUGAGUGUUGAAAAUGGAUUAUGGGCAACUCAAAAGCAUAACGAGGCCAUUCUUGACCAGGCUUACCGCACUAGCAGCGACGUUAUCUUGAUAUUUAGCGUGAACAAGAGCGGGGAGUUCUAUGGAUAUGCACGAAUGGCUGGUCGGAUAUUGAAGGGCAAACAUAGAGUUUCGUGGGCUUCGCACGCAGAUCCCUCGGCCACCUCUAUAUCCUCGCCUCAGCGCGAGCCUAGUAGUUCUAGCCCACUUGUUGCGCCCGAUCAGACUUUCUUCACGCCAUCAGAAAAUCGUCUCGUGGAGGAGUCGCCGAUGCCUUUUACUCCUCAUUCUGGAGGGAACUUGAGCAACAAACCCUCUCCUAUGGAGCCCCACCGAUCAUCUGCACCAGCUGCACUCGGGCCUCACCCACGACAGGAAUUUUCAGCAGAGUCCCCAAUUAAGAAGUUGAGCCUUCGUGAAAGCGGGAAGGCUAUGCCAGUUGCUGGAUUGAUAUCCAAGGAUUUUGUAAAUGCGACUCCCGAAAUUGUGCUCGACAAGAAUGCACCAAUCCGGGCAAUACGGAAUGAGGGGAGCAUGGAUGGCACUAAGUCGGUGGUAUCUGCCUUGCAAUCCGUGGAGGAGGAGAAUAAUAGUAUAAGUAGCAAUGAUGGCGAUGAUGGGGGAGAAAAACCGAAAGAUGAUGCGAUGCCAUCGAUGACAGAGAACGCUGGGAGCGAUGAACAACAGACUUGGGGGCAGCCGUUCAAGGUGGAAUGGCUCUGUACUGACCGUCUUCCUUUCCAUUCUACUCGACACCUUCGAAAUCCUUGGAACCAGGACCGGGAGAUCAAAGUCUCGCGGGAUGGUACGGAGGUUGAACCUGGGGUGGGUCAACAACUUUUGGAGCAGUGGCGAACACUUGCUGCUGCUCCGAUAGCAACGGAAACAAGCAAGUCGUCCGUUGCGAUGGGUCGACGUGCAGCCAAACCCACGUCGACACUCACACCAGCAGCGGUAAAUUCAGGAGACUGUGGGCAAUCGUGAUAAUCGGCACGUUUUACAGUCUGAAGGACAACGAAACACCCAGCACGCACUAAUCAUUAUACAUAGACAUACAGCAUUCAUUUGACUCAUUCAUCCUCAGAUAUUUCACGACUACAAAAUCCUUGGAUAUUCACGCAACAAGAGUGAUCUUUUUUUUAGUUUUGGAACUCGGGCUUGUGGUUUGUUAUCCUUGGUCUAGGGCAUGUUUGUAAUGAUACUUUUUAAUCCACUAUAUUCUGAAGAACGCGUAUGUGAUCAUAUACAA